CGCUUGUGUCAUUCAGUUGUCAUUCAGUUCCCCGUUCGCAUUUUGGCCUAGUUAGUUACUUAAUGCAACUCGUCCGAGACUAGGCCAAAUAGGGAUCGUUGAACGAUGCUUUCGCGACGGUUUCAGAUAUCAGAUGCUAGCUGCAUUCGUUCCUUGUUCUCCCCACCGCUUUUGUUGGUGCGACGGCUAUCUUUACAUGUCUAUCAUUUAUGUAAUAUCAUUUUCACAAUGCGUCACACUAAGAUCGCUGUUCGUUUGCCCGCCCACCCGGCAGCUCAAUCCUUCAACGUCCAGCCCGAGCUAAGGCUAGGACACAGCCAACCUCACGACGCCUUCGCACUCGACCUUCUCGCCUUCACAGCAACAGAGACAUUCCUGCUGACCAUCAUGGCGCUCUAUCCUGACAUCCAAGCACGGGCUCGUGCAGAAAUCGACCAAGCUGUAAAGCAUGAUAAAAUGCCAUGCCCUGACGACAGGGCAUCAAUGCCCUACCUUGAUGCCAUCCUCUGCGAGGUCCUGAGAUGGUAUCAUAUGACCUGUUGUUUAGGAUCAAAAAUUCUAUCGAGUGCGAGAGAGUGCCUUGCCCUGGUGUUCAAUCUGCCAUUUGUACUUCCGAUUUGGAGUUGUGCUUCUAGUGAAAUUCAGCAUAUUCUGUACUGCAGCAUUGUUUAUUGUGAUUUCCCUCAUUAUCGCUUGGGCUGCCAUAACCACUCUUGCGAUGCGGCUCACUGGGUGCCCACAUUAGCACCCUGAAUAAUUGGACAAUAUGUCAGACCAUACAUCUGAACCGGUCUCUGUGGAUCAGGUGAUUGCAUCUUACAUCUAAUAGUACGACGUUCUAUAGCAUUUACAAUUGCAUCACCCAAUCUCAAACGAGUGCAUGGGUCGACCGAUAUUCAGGUAGGCCAAUGUUGCACCGGGGAGGGACCUGUGAGCCGAUCAACGGUGUUCAGCCUAGUUGCGCCGCGUUACAAGAUUUUAGAAACGUUU